AUGGACUCAAAAGAUCGGGAUCUCGCGGAAUCGCACAGGCGUGAAGCUCGUAGCAACAAAGAGCGGGAGGAUUGGAGGAUGCUUGCGGAAGCACGACAGCGGAAGCUAGAAGAGGCACAAACGUUCCUCGAGUCCUCGGAUGUUACCGCCGAGAACGACAUUGCUGAAGCUGUCAGCGCACUCAACGCGGAGAUAUAUCAGGUUAUCAAGAGGGUCCCAGAGGGAUGCCGCAUAUCAACGGGCAGCACUGUCGACAUAGUAGCCACGGACCGAGCAGGAACGAUCAUAGGAUCUAGGAUGAUGGACCUCAUACGCACCUUCCCACCUCGGGGCGGCGACUGGGUUGUUAUGGAGAUUGCCCUCCAGGCCACAAUCACGGCCUAUGUCGCCAGAGUGAUCUCUUCAUGGAGUCCGCACUGUAGUUCGGAUGAGGUCAUUGAUCCCAUUUACAACCGUAUUCUGCGCUCAGAAUCACAAUCUGUGGCUGGACGCUGGCGUAUCUUGACUCGCAAGUAUGUCGUGUCAAGUUCGACUUCAAUCAAAGACUGGGAGACGCGACACGUACGACAACUUCUGGAGGACGCAUCCACAAUCCUGGGGGCCUCGGGAGCGAUAUCUUGGGACAACAAUGACCUGAAGGAUGGACUCGAGAUCAUCGUACACGCCGCAAUGAAGAUCCGUAGAAUGGUCGGAGAGGACGUGGUGCGUAGUGAGUAUGAGGUGUUUGCGGUGAAACGGAAAGCAAACUUCGAUCCGGACGUCAUGGUGGAUGAAUACGCGUCCCCACAGAAGCGAAAGAAGAAAGCUGGUGUUCACGUCAUAUGUCCCUUGACAUUGGGGCUUCGUCGUCGGGAGGGAGAAAACCGUAGCGGGACGAAGGGGAGAUCCGAGGUCACUGUUAAGACUCUCGUCAAGCCGCAGGUAGUGCUGGACACCGUCAUCGAUGAUUUAGGCUUUUUGGAUGAUAGGGAAUGA